UAGUGAGACCUCAGAAUGGCGGAUAUAUUUACUUCUGGAUUCUCUUCAAUCUUUUCUUUAUUACAAGAGAACUGCAUGGUUAUAUUUGUUGUCAGUUUGUUAUUAGUUGUGUAUUAUAUUCAAAAACAACUUGGAAUUAUUUAUCAACUGUUUCAUAAGGCAGAAGAGCAUUCUACUAGGCAUGGGGGAGAGUUGGUAGCCGAUGUGCUAAAGGCCCAUGGUGUGAAAUAUGUUUUCACUUUAGUAGGAGGUCACAUUUCUCCAAUCUUGGUGGCUUGUGAGAAGCUGGGCAUCAGAGUUGUUGACACAAGACAUGAGGUGACGACAGUGUUUGCUGCAGAUGCGGUGGCCAGACUAUCAGGAACUGUUGGGGUAGCUGCUGUCACUGCUGGACCAGGUCUAACCAACACAGUGACUGCAGUGAAGAAUGCCCAGAUGGCCGAGUCUCCACUGUUGCUUAUAGGUGGAGCUGCUGCUACACUAUUGAAGGGUCGGGGAGCACUGCAAGACAUUGACCAGAUGUCCCUAUUUAAACCCCUGUGCAAGUACUGUGCCACUAUAAACAGGGUCAGAGAUAUAGUGCCCACUGUGAAGAAAGCUUUACAGAUGGCCCAGUCAGGAACACCAGGGCCAGUAUUUAUUGAGUUCCCCAUAGAUACCCUAUAUCCCUACUCUAUGGUGAAGAAGGAGAUUGGAAUGAAAGGUUCUUCAAAAGGCUUUGUGCAGAACGUAAUACAAUGGUAUCUUCAGAAUCACUUGAAUAACCUGUUUGCUGGAGCAUGGGAGCCACAGAACAACAACCCUCUGCCUGUAGAGAGACCCAUGCCCUCAGACUCUCAAAUUCAACAAUGUGUGGAGCUAGUCUCUCGGGCCAAGAAACCAGUAUUUGUACUUGGAAGCCAGUCAACCCUUCCCCCAGUGAAAGUGGAACGUUUGAAAGAAGCACUUGAGUCUAUGGGUAUCCCAUGUUUCCUGGGUGGUAUGUCGAGAGGUCUGCUGGGACGUAACAGCCCCAUACAUAUUCGCCAACGUCGUGGGGAUGCACUCAAGGAGGCAGAUGUUGUCAUUCUAGCAGGUUCAGUGGCAGACUUCAGAUUGGGAUAUGGAAGAACCCUCAGUCGUAAAUCCAAGAUCAUUGCAGUAAAUAGAAGCUAUGAGCAGCUCUAUAAGAAUUCUGAUAUGUUUUGGAAACCACACAUUGCCAUCCAGGCAGAUGCUGGCAGUUUCAUUGUAGGCCUGCAACAGGGCCUUAAAGGGUAUACAUGUAAUAAGGAGUGGCCACAGACACUUAAAGACAGAGACAAUGUAAAGGAAAAAGCUAACAGUGAAAAAGCACAGCAGAAAACUGAGUUCCACCUGAACCCGCUAAGUGUGCUCCACAAGUUGGAAGACAUUAUGGAUGAUGACAGUAUUAUAGUAGCUGAUGGUGGAGACUUUGUUGGGAGUGCUGCCUACAUCUUGAGACCAAGAGGACCUCUUCGCUGGCUUGACCCUGGUGCAUUUGGUACCCUUGGGGUGGGAGGAGGCUUUGCCCUUGGUGCCAAACUGUGCAGACCUGAUACUGAGGUGUGGAUUGUCUAUGGAGAUGGCUCUUUGGGAUACAGUGUGGCAGAGUUUGAUACUUUUACCAGGCACAAGACUCCAGUAAUUGCACUGGUGGGUAAUGAUGCUUGCUGGACACAGAUAGCUCGGGAACAGGUGCCCAUGUUUGGAACCAAUGUUGCUUGUGGUCUGGAGUAUACUGACUACCAAGAUGUGGCAAUUGGAUACGGAGGCAAGGGGAUGAAGUUAAUGAGAGAAGAUGAUGAGAAAAUUGAAGAAAAGCUCAAAGAAGCUCAAAAAAUUGCCAAGAGUGGCGACAGUGUCCUAGUUAAUGUCCUUAUUGGGAAAACAAACUUCCGAGAAGGGAGUAUAUCUGUGUAAUCCCAAUGUCGGAGCGAUACUUCAUGACAUGGUUUGUUCUAUGAAUAGAUCAGGACUUAUUUCUCUGUAAAGAAUAAGUGGAAUAUAUACCUGUUGUUGUGCUUAGAGAAAUGUUGAUCUCUUAUUUGCCAUACAAUACCAGAUUAUCUUUGGAUUGCAGUUCAGUGAUGCUACUGACUUUAUUUACUUAAUUACAACACUGGUUUGUGGAACAUUCCAUUACAAAGAAAACAAAAAUAACUGACUAGAUGCGAGUAGAAAUAACUUGAUUUACCUCAUUAAAUAUUCAAUGUUCAAUCAAAGUGAUGUCAUAUUUAAAAUCUACAUGUAAAAGUACAUCUGGAAAUAUACUUUC